CGAAUAAUUUUAUCAGUUUUGCAUGAAAUGUAGUCACAUAGUGCUCAUUAGCACCUUCAUUUGAAACAGAAUUUGGAGCUCAUACAUUUUUAAUUCAUCCUCUUCCUGAUACCCAUGCUCUCCUGAAACUCGAAGUUCAACAUUUACGGGUAAAUGUAGGUGUAAAUAAUUCCAAUAUUCUCUUAUUGACCGUUUGGAUCAUCUAUAAACUUUAAAAAGCAAGCAAUGAGUCAAGGAAUUUUACUAGAGCUCCUCCAAAUCUCACGAAAAUUGCUGAUCGAAUCAGUCUCAGCUUUUGGUUUAUUGCUUCUCGAUUUCAUUAUCUGGCCAACCCCUCUUAGGAACAUCAUGACUCAAAGAGAAGGACUUUUCUCUUACACAACGCUCACACAUGCUAUAGCAGGUGCGACUGGUGGAGUUCUGGCUACCAUGAUGUUCUAUCCGUUGGAAACUGUUAAAUCCAGGCUUCAAAUUGAAGAAAACCAAAGGAGAGACAACCAGAAUUCUUUCAAAAUCAUGAUUGAGUUAGCUGAAGAAGAAGGGGUCAGCACUCUUUACAGAGGCAUGCUCCCUGUUGUGCAGAGCGUGUGCGUGUCCAGCUUUGUGUAUUAUUACACGUUUCAUGGUCUCAAAACGUUUGUGAAGUCACCAUCGGUGAGCAAGGAUCUGAUUCUAGGGAUUGUAGCUGGCAGCAUCAAUGUAUUGACCACAACACCAUUUUGGGUGGUGAACACAAGACUGAAGAUGAAAGGCUUGAGAUCCUUUGAGCCUCUCAGAUAUUCCUCAUUACUGGGUGGGCUGAAACGAAUAUACUUAGACGAAGGACUAGGGGCUCUUUGGCGUGGCACUGGUCCCUCUCUCCUCUUGACCUGCAAUCCUGCCGUGCAGUUUGCAAUCUACGAAACAUUGAAACGUGAAAUUGGAUCAAACUUAAGCGCCAUCCAUUACUUCUUUUUAGGUGCCUUUUCAAAAUGUGUUGCAACCAUACUGACGUAUCCUCUGAUUUUCAUUCAAAAUUUACAGAGACACGGUCAUAAAUACAAGAACUUGAAAGCCAAUGCAAAUGCUCUAGAGCUAAUUUUAUAUAUCACAAGGACUUUAGGUAUUCAAGGUCUCUAUAAGGGUUUGGAGGCAAAGCUUCUUCAGUCAGUAUUAAUGGCAGCGUUCGUGUUUGUCACAUAUGAAAAAGUAAAACAGAUGGUUCACCGUGUUUUAUUGCCAACGAAACUAGUCAAGUGAAGACUUUCUUGUCUUAUAUUUUAAGUACCUGAUUAGAUACAUUUUUCACCCAAUAGUAUUUAAGACUUUAAAGACUUAUUUUGGGAGUGUGCGUUAAAUGAAGCUGUAAAAACGCGAAGGUAUUUCUUGGACUAGUAGGCUCUACUCUUUCAGAAGGCUCUCUCCAUAAAGAAAAAUACACCAUGAAGUAAGCAGUGUACCAAAAGAGCUAAACUACAGCGCUACACUAACAUACAAAAUCAAAAUCAAAAGGAAUGUAAGAGUAAUGUCAAUAAGGGAGGAGAUUGCCGGGGCAUCGGCUAUCUUGCAACGGUGUGCAAUCCCCAGUUUUAAGGGCGUUGCGAAAUUUCCAGGGGGAACCCAGAAUCAAACCGUGCUGCUUUUGGCGUAUUGUCCCAGACGCUGUUCUACUGAUGCGAGCUUCUGGAGGCCUAUGGCUGUUCAGGCGCUGUUUCCUAGCAAAAGAAAACUGCAGCUGAAGGUUUAGAAAAGGAACUGCUGGAAGAGGAAUACAGACGAGAUAAAGAGGGCAAAAACCUAGGAAGGGUUAAAAACAUGAAGGUAAAAAACGAAUGACUAGCAUAAGAGAGUGAGCAAAAUUAAUCAGGAAAAUUGACAAAUGAGGGAUGGGAUGUAUAACAGUCCUUGCUGAGGAGCAAGGAAUCUCUGAAGAAACAUGGAAAGGUACAGACAGAUAGAUAUGAAUGCGGGAAAAGGGAAACAAUCAAACCCGUGAUAUGAUACUAUCCGAAAAAUAAGAGAAGCCCAAGUAAGUGGUCACAGGUGCAACUUUCUGAAAUAACAUCGUGAAAAAGUAGCAGCUUUUCAGCACAAUUUUUGCUGCAACUUUGUUGCAAGUAGAUGGCAAGGGAUAGAUUUUACAAAAUCAGGAUUUUGAAAUACUGCAAACAUGAUUCGCGUUUUUACAGUUCCACCAUUGGUAUGCUUUGCAUCGGGCGCUUGGGGUUGUGUAUUCAAAAUAUUUAACAGGAGGGGUAAUAUUUAAGGAAAUUAAAAGUCAUGAGUUAUUCUAAACUCUCAACAUUUGUGUAACUUCUCAGUUUCAAUUCAGAAUUCUGUGCUCAUUUUACAUUUUCGUUACGGCCGAAAUUUUAAUGUUGAAAUUAAUAUUCCUUCUUGCCAUAUUUAUGAGUGGUUGAGGUUUCAGGUUUAAGGUUUUAAGUGAUCCCGUAUGUACUAACAAAAUAUCACCUCAAGGCCUCAGCUGACAAUAAUUAAUUACUGUCGAAUUUUUUUUCCUUUCUGUAUUUUAUUAAUGUAUGCCUACAUUUGUAUCCUGAAAGAUUCUCUCAAUCCACUCGACAUUUAGUGAUACCCUAGAAUUAGCGUUUUUUGUGAUAACAUUUUAAACAUUAAAAUCAUCUCAUCAUUUACAUCAUCUCACAACAUUUUUAUUUUUAAGAACUUCAAACGGAAGAUGACGACAUGACAUAAUCUAUGGUUUCCCCUGUCAGAUCACAGCAGGGUCACUAAAUGUAUGUAAUAUUACUUUACAUUUACAAAUAAAUAUGUAAAAAUAUUUACAAAGUGGCAAAAUUUUCAACAUCAAGAGAGAAGGGGUUUUUUAUGUUGUGAAAACUAAGCUUGUUCUUUAUAAAUGUUUUUUUCUCAUCUCACAUUGAAGAAUAAACGAGUCCUUUUUUUACAAAA